GGAGUAUGAUUGGACUAUAUAUUAUGCUUUUUGUCAGCCUAGUUAUAUAUCAACUGCGCUCAGUCUUUUGGUUAAAAACUAAUAUUCCUAAAAAUAAUGUACAACAUUCAGAUAGCAACGAUAUUGAACUCCAGCCCUUACACAAAUCCAAUCUUUCAAGGAUGUUUUCCAUGUAA